GGAAAAAGGCACCUUCCUAAACGGGUAAUAAGAUUUGUACAAAUCCUAUUCAAUCUAUCUUAAAAUCUUAGGAUUUUUGUGUAACUACUAGAAUAAAUAGAUAGUUCGUCACCCAUUAACAUCCUAGUGUAUUCAUUAACUUACGUACACAGUUGCAUCUGGGAUACAUUAACUUGUUAUCUCAACUACUAUACUUCUUAAAGUCAGACAUAUCUUAACAUGGAUUCAUUAAAGCUUCCUGUCACACCCGCUAAAGCCAAAGCAUUCACAGGACCCGAUUCCUUGUCGUAUCCCCUGGGUAUAAGUGGGCAACAACAAACCGGACUCACCAAGAAGGAAGAAACAGAUGGAAUAAUAGAACCUAAAACUGAAAGUGAAGAUGGUUCAGCCUUGGGUAUAGUACCAACGUUACAGAAUAUAGUUGCUACUGUCAACUUGGAUUGCAAAUUGGACUUGAAGACAAUUGCAUUGCAUGCAAGAAAUGCAGAAUACAAUCCAAAGCGUUUUGCUGCUGUCAUUAUGAGAAUUAGAGAGCCAAAAACGACGGCAUUAAUUUUUGCUUCUGGUAAAAUGGUCGUCACUGGUGCUAAAUCUGAAAACGACUCAAAAUUGGCUUCAAGGAAGUAUGCUAGAAUCAUCCAAAAGUUGGGUUUCAAUGCUAAGUUUACUGACUUCAAGAUUCAAAAUAUAGUUGGUUCUUGUGACGUCAAAUUCCCCAUUAGAUUAGAAGGUUUAGCAUUCAGCCAUGGUACCUUCUCGUCUUAUGAACCGGAAUUGUUCCCUGGUUUGAUUUACCGGAUGGUUAAGCCUAAGAUUGUUUUGUUGAUUUUCGUCUCAGGAAAAAUUGUGUUAACUGGAGCUAAGCAAAGAGAAGAAAUUUAUGCUGCUUUCGAAGCCAUUUAUCCUGUUUUGAGUGAAUUCAGAAAAUCUUGAACAACCAGGGACUUGUAUAAUUAUAUUAUGUACUUAUAGCAUCGAGAUAAAAAGUGUGGGUUAUGAAAUAAUAAUGUAGGUGUUUUUCAUUUCAGACUGUUCAACCACUUGAAAUACGUACAUCUGCCUUCUUCUUGGAUACCAACAGCGUUCCUGGGACAACACCAGAAUUUCCUACCUUUUGUUUUAGGAUUGGUCAAACUAGUUUUCAAUUGACAUGUCUGGUCAUGAUGACACUUUGGAGGGUCUCCAAAAACAGUCGCUAAAUUCAAGGUUGCUCUCCGUUGUGAACUCAUUUGUAGUAUUGCGUUUACAUUGGACAGCGAGUCUAUUAUAUUUUUCUCAUUGAGUUCUUGAUUUGCUCUCGCUGUACCGAAAUAAGUCUGUAUAGACCUUUGUUCUGGUUUUCUUUCAGUUUUCCGACUUUGGUAAGUGAUCUUUGUGGCUUUUGAAUCACCGACUUCAUUUUCCUUUGUGUCCUCAAUUUCAUGAGCCUUCCUCUUGUUCACUGCUUUGAACAUAGAUGAUAUAUCAUGAUGUUUGAUAAUCUUAUAGAAUGCCUUAGCUUCAAAGCUCAACUUGGCCUGCCUCAUUUUCUUAAGGUUAACAUUGUCAUCUAAUAGAAAAUCAGUGAAUAUAGGGCAAUGGUCAGAACCCAUCAAGAAGGGCCAGUGGGAAGAUUUUGAUAUUCUGUUCUUCCAAGCCUCCGUUGUCAAAAUGAGAUCAAUCCGCGAUCCAAAAUUAGUCUGCCUUGAUCCAUUAAGGGUGUUCCAGCAAGUAUAAAUUUCCAUGGUUCGUCCUCGAAAUACUCUCGUAGUGUCAUAAAGAAAUCGCUCUGAUCCUGUUAUUUCGGGAACAUUCAAAGGACUGAAAACAAACUUGCUCAAAUGCAUUCUAGAGAACCUCUCUCUCUUGAACUUAACACAUUCCUUAUGGUUAGUCUUUUCAAAAGCUUCUCCAUCGUUGGAAUAUUUUAUCAACUUUUUGUUUAAUCUCUCAUUAAUCCCAUCUGCCUGAUCUAUGAGGUCCAAACUGAUAUUUAUAUCGCCUAACACCAUUAUCUGCUUUCCAAGUUUAAUCAAGUUCUGACAGCGCUUGAUCAAGAGUUCCAUGAAUUUGUUUUUCAACCUUUCCCCUUCUUCAGUUUGCAUAGAAUUCGCCGGACAAUAAAGCGAAAAUAUAACCAAACCACUGGCUAGUUCAACCACGACUGCCCU